AUGGCAGGCAAUGCCUCCAACAGCGACCGUCAAGAGGAUGGGGCAGUCCGAGAUGGCUCCCCGCUAACGUCCUCCGUCGACUUUGGUGACCGGGCAGCCUUCGCCGAUGAUUCUCGCUCCUCCGCAACCUCCCCGCAAAGCUUCACCACGCGAUCCCUGCUCGUCGGCCUUCUUAUCGGCGCUCUCAUUACCUUCUCCAACACAUACUUUGGACUGCAGACAGGAUGGAUCAGCACCAUGGCCAUGCCAUCUGCCCUAAUUGGCUUCUCCGUCUUCAAGGUCUUCUCCAAAUACCUGUCGUAUCCAUUCACACCCAUCGAGAACGUCCUCAUACAAACAGUAGCAGGGGCGGUGGGGACCAUGCCGCUGGGCUGUGGGUUCGUCGGGGUCAUCCCGGCAUUGGAAUUUCUGAUCAAAGAUGGCGAAGAUGGCCCGUCAGGAGAUGGUGGUACCGGCGAAGGCGGACCUCUGAAGCUGAACUUUUGGAAGCUCGUCCUCUGGAGCUUGGGGGUCUGCCUAUUCGGCGUCGUUUUCGCCGUCCCACUGAGGAAGGAGGUGAUCGUUCGGGAAAAGUUGAAGUUCCCGAGUGGGACAGCCUCAGCCUUGAUGCUGAGGGUGCUGCACGGAAGUGGCCAGGGCGACGAGAAGUCGAAGAAGCGGGUGACUGAUGUUGAGGGUGUCAUACGGCGUGAGGAGAGAUCCUACGCAUCGACUUUGGCGCAUGAACCCGAGGAAACCGGCGUUCUGCUGGGCAACGCCAGCUCUAGUGAUGAUAGCAAUGUCCAAGAGGACUGGAGGUCCAAGAUGCGUCUCCUGGUGGGCGCCUUCGCGGUUUCCGGGAUUUAUACCCUUUUCUCCUAUUUCGUCCCCCAAGUCCGCGAUAUUCCUAUUCUGGGACUUUAUCUGGCUAAGAAUUGGCUCUGGACCCUGAAUCCGUCGCCCGCAUAUGUUGGCCAGGGCAUUAUCAUGGGCCCCUCGACCUGUAUGCAUAUGCUCUUCGGUGCAUUCUUGGGUUGGGGUGUUCUUUCGCCACUUGCAAAGGCUCGCGGAUGGGCCCCGGGGCCUGUGGACAGUUGGGAAGAUGGAAGUAAGGCUUGGAUCGUCUGGAUCUCACUGGCCAUUAUGCUUGCCGACUCUCUUGUCAGUCUUGGCUGGCUGGUUGUGAGGCCUCUAAUACCCCGUGCUUCGAAUAUGAAAGACAAGCUCCUCCACAGCCGCUCUGGACGGAGGGUUCUAUCUGGAGGCUCGACAACCUCCAAUCAUCACUCGUACAUAUCUUAUUCCGCUCUGAGUCCCAUCACUGAGGUGUCUUCUGUGCCGAGCCAUACUGUCCCUUCCAUCGGGAGACACAGCGCCGUUGAUGAUGCGGAUGAAGAUGCGCCUCCAUCCCAGCUUAUAUCCAACCGAACAGUCAUCAUACUCCUCCCUCUAACUUUGAUUCUCAACGUCGUCUGCAUGCACUUCGUAUUUGGCGACAUAAUGUCUCCACUGCUUUCCAGCCUUGCCACCCUGCUGGCAGUCCUCCUUUCCAUCAUGGGCGUCCGCGCCCUAGGGGAAACAGACUUGAACCCCGUCUCCGGAAUCAGCAAACUAACCCAGUUGCUCUUCUCCCUGGCUACACCCGCCUCUCACUUUUCCCGCCGUACCGCCUUAGUCACCAACCUCCUCGCCGGUGCCGUAUCCGAGUCCGGUGCCCUUCAAGCCGGAGACAUGAUGCAGGAUCUCAAAACCGGACAUCUCCUUGGUGCCAGCCCCAAGGCCCAAUUCUACGGCCAAAUGAUCGGCAGUCUCGUCGGCGCCGUGCUCUCCACCGCCGUCUACAAAAUGUACGUGAACGUAUACGAAGUCCCCGGUCCGAUGUUCCAAACUCCCACCGCAUACGUCUGGAUCUUCACGGCCCGCCUAGUCACCGGCCAAGGCCUUCCACCGAUGGCAUGGCAAGCAUCUCUUGUCGCCGGAAUCAUCUUCGUAGCCAUCACCAUCCUCCGCAUUGUCGCCUCAUCGCCGAUCGCCAACGGCGGUCGCAGAGAUGUCUCCGCCCCCUGGAAGGAUUUCAUUCCCGGCGGCAUUGCCGUAGCGGUGGGAAUUUUCAACGUUCCGUCCUUCACUUUAGCCCGUGCCAUCGGCGGGUUAAUUGCCUGGUGGUGGGCCCGGCGACAUUCGAACAAAGUCGCCGCCGGCGGGCCGGACCCGAGCACCGACGACACCCAAACAAACUUAUCCGACUCAUGGACGGCCGAAGGGCGUGCGGGAUCUUCAACCGGGCUUCAUAACCAGCAGCAGGCAGCUGCUAAAGAGGCGGAUUCCGCCUCUUCAUCUGUUGUGGUCCUUGCUUCGGGAUUGAUCCUUGGCGAGGGUAUUAUUAGUAUUGUGAACUUGCUUCUGGCAAGUGGCGGGGUUCCGCAUCUUUGA